AUGCCAUCCUUAUCUUCUCCACCUCCACCCACAGGGUUACAUAACCUUACAUCUAUCUCGGCGAUUCAUAUGCCAUCCUCAUAUUCUCAACCUCCACCCAUAGGGUUGCAUAUCCCAGUUGUUGCUCCCAGGGCCCCUUCUGUACCACCCUCACAUAUACCAUUCUCAUCUUCUUCAACUCCACACACUGGGUUACAUACCCCUUCUACAGACAUUGGAGCAUCCCCAUCACCUCAUACUGUACCAUCUCCAGCCUCGAUUGGUGGCCCAUCUUCUGUCGUUGGUCAGCAGUCUGCACCAUCCCCAAUUGCAUGUGAUAUAGUUGCCCCACAGCCUAUGGUUGAUCUUGAUUUGGAUGCAGAACCUGACCCUCCUCUGCAGGAUCGCCCGAUGAUUGAACCUGUCGGUCGAGGGUUUGUUCCAUCUAGAGUUGCUUCACAGGCUAUCACAAAGACAAUCAAGCAACAAUUUCUUAAUCCUUGGCCAUCAUGGGGAUCAAUACCUGAAAAAGACAAGGACAUUUUCUGGCAACGUUUCAAGAGGAGAGUUCAGUGGGCACUAGAGCAUGAAAUUGCCAUUAGGAGAAAUUUCAACAGCAGAGCUUCUCAUCGUCUAUCUGAAAUGUUUAGAGAUGCUAGAAUGGCUAGAGAAAGGCCAGAAUGGAUUCCUAAUGAUGUGUGGACAAGGCUGCUAGAACAUUGGAAUUCUCCAAGUUAUCAGAGCAAAUAUAUUGCAGCUAAGAAGAAUAGGGCUUUUGAAACAGGUGGAACCCUACACACAGGUGGAUCCAUUACCACUUAUGAGCAUGCCCUUCGUAUGGCACGUGAGUUGGGACGCCAUGUGUUUCUUGAUGAAGUCUUUCAACAGACACAUAUCCGGAAGGGUACUGGCGAGUAUGUGGAUGAGAAGUCUAGGAAGACAAAUGAUGAUUCUAUCAGGACUAGGUGCUGGAUUGAGAUAGUAGGAGGGAAAAAGAAAGGAAGACUUUAUGGGGCUGGUCAACUUGUUUCAAAAUAUGUUGGUCCAAAUGAAAGUCUGAACCAACUACCACCUUCUUCCUCUUCUAAUAUUGAGGACCUCACUAAUAUUAGGCAGCAACUUUCACGCAGCCUGGAGGAAAAUGAGCAAUUAAGGUAUGAGUUUCGAUCCUUUCAAUCCCUAGUUCUGCAAUAUCUCCCUCCUGAUGCUCAGGCUUGUCUUCAACAGCCAUAG